CUUGCGGAUUUUGCCGUUAUUAUGGUAUUUCUGUCGUCACAUCCGGGAAAAAAGCUCCGUGUUUAUUCUCGUUAGCUGCUGCUAGCUGGACGUGCUACACUUUAUAAUUGUUUCCCCGUUGAGCCGAACUCUGAAGUUCGCAGAAAGAAAAGCGGCUGCGCGUGUGUUGGCCGGCCUGAGGGAGCGGACUUUUGACGAUGCUGAGCAGCGCGGCUCUGAGGGCUCAGAUCGCCUCCGUUAUCGACGCUCUGUCCAAAGCAGCGGUGGCCGAAAUCGGCAAACUUGUUGAAGAUGGGAUGGUGGUGCUUCGGCUGGAAAUGUGUCAGCGAGACUGCGAGAUCCAGAAGCUGAAGAGCAACAUUGAAGUUCUGCACACCGAGCUGAGGGCGAGCCGGGUCGGAAUCGAUGCUCAGAGUGGCAUCGAAAAGCUUCAUGGCAGCAACACCCAAAACACUCCGUCCAUACCUGAGGUGCAGGUGAAGCAUGAACCCGGUGAGCAGGGAGGUGGAAGAGCUGGAGCACGGCCCGGUUGGCCAGGAGGCGACGUGACAGCGUUUGAAAGAGACGGUGCGCAGUGGAGAGGGACGACACAUGAGCCAGGGCGUCAUAACGCCGAUAUUUUCAAGCUCAGCCAAAACUCGUUGGCAGGAUUUUCGGACUCAUCUCUGGGCACAGGGCUGGUUGAGCUUCAGCAGAGCCCGUUCAGUCGCAGCCUGGUGGGUUACAGUCAGUCUCGGAACUUGUACAACACGGUAAGGAGGAGGACGGCGAAGAGGUUAAUGUUUAAGAAGGGACACAUCUGUCCGUACUGCGGCAAAUGUUUUGAGCGCUCUGGACACCUGGAAAGGCACAAAAGGAUUCAUACUGGAGAGAAACCGUACUGCUGUGACAUAUGUGGGAGACGCUUCAAUCAGAAGUGCAGCCUCAAGGAGCAUACGAAGAUUCACCGAAGAGGUAUUCCGCCAGUUGAGAUCCAAGUGCCUGAACAUAAGCACGUUCCUGAGGUGAAACCAGGUCCUGAUGUACACUCAGAGAAAACCGAGCCAGCUAACGCUGAGAAGGAGCGACCUCAGAAUGAAGAUACUCUCCCAACACCUGUGCAGGUGAAGUCUGAACCCACCGAGGAGGAAGUGUCUCAGCCACUGUUUCAGAGGAAGAACGAGCAGGCUGUGGAACAACUAGACGACCUAACAAGCUUUGACAGAGAGCAAUGGAUGUCCAGGGUACAAGGACACACGGACACAGAAAUAAGCAGAGAAGAACUUCAGGGCAGCUCGGCACCAAAUGUGGCAUCCUACCCUGGAAUAGCCCCAUUAAUGUCAGCACCAGUCGAAGCUUGUAGCAGCUUCUCCUAUCCAGGGUCUCAGUAUGGGGACCUUAAAACCAGUGUGAUCUCACAACAGCCUUAUGGCUCUUCAGAUGAACUUGUGGUUUCAAGUGAAGCUGUUCAUACCGGCCUGCACGGUACGACCGAGACGUCGCUAACGCAGUACCAGCAGUGGAGAGGCGGGCCUUUCCAGGUGGUCAGACCGAAGAAGUCCUUUACCUGCUCGUACUGCAGCAAGAUCUUUGAGCGAGCGGGCCACCUGGAAAGACAUUUACGAAUUCAUACUGGGGAGAAACCAUAUGGCUGCCACAUCUGUGGGCGAUGCUUCAACCAGAAGAGCAGCCUCAAAGGCCACAUGAAGACACACAGAAUAGGGGAGAAUAUGGACCUGCAGGAGUCACAUCAGCUGAUGUUUUCGAUGCCCAAUAAUCAUCCACUGGAGAACCUCUGUGUUGAUGCUAAGGUCGAACAAAACGAGGAUUUUCAAACCCUCGGUCAGGCAGAAAACGACGUGGGGUCAGACACAGCCGCCCAGAACCGGCUGUGGAUUGAGAAGAGCAGCGGCACAAUCGUCCUACACGACAUCGAGUAUCAACUCAGUCCUACGGCGCCAGCCGAGCACCGGAAGGACGCGUCACCAAAUAAGAGACUGCCGUAUGUCAAUGACAAAGAAGCGAUGGAAAUGAUCCACAGUGGUCAUUAUCCGCUGGGAAUGCCGCCCACCUCCUCGGACAAGCAGGAUCAGCUCAUCAUAGAGGAGGUGGUGGUCAGCGAGUACAGCGCCGUCACCGACAGCUCGCAGGAAGUCUUUGAAUUUAAAAUCACCAACUCAGGCGGCUGUGAGGACGACGGCAGCGCAGACGCCGCCAGACAGAACUGUGUCAUUUGCUCCUCCUGUGGACAGAGCUUCAACAGUUUUUGUGUGUUUCAGAGUCACCAGUGUAACGGUAAUGACAAGUAA